ACCUUGUAUCGCAGAGCACAGACCCCCUAACCUUACAGUCUCGUUAUCCCAAUCCAUUCAUCCACGACUCCUGAGGCGAGGGCACCUUGUAAAGCAAAAUAAUCCCGGAACAUGGCCAACUCGACGCUCAAAGGCUCGCUCGCCAUCCACGGUGGAAACCCCCAAUUCCUGAUAGAAAAAGUGAUCAGAGCGAGGAUAUAUGACAGUAUCUACUGGAAAGAGCAGUGUUUCGCCCUGACCGCCGAGUCCAUCAUCGACAAGGCCAUCACGCUAGAUUCUGUCGGCGGGGUCUACGGGAACCAAAAACCCACAGAAUUCCUCAGUCUGACCCUGAAGCUACUCACGCUACAACCGGAAAAGGCGAUCUUGUUGGAAUAUCUUCGGGCCGAGGAGUUCAAGUAUCUAAGAGCGCUGGCGGCGUUCUAUAUCCGUCUAACUUUCAAAUCGUUCGACGUGUAUGAGAUAUUAGAACCGUUAAUGAAAGACUAUAGAAAGCUCCGAACGCGGGAUAUAGGCGGCUACCAUCUGUCAUACUUUGACGAAUUCAUCGACCAGCUCUUGACGGAAGAACGGGUGUGCGAGGUCAUUCUCCCUCGACUGACCCGCCGAGAUAUCCUGGAAGAGACGGAAGGUCUGCCUAAAAGGACGAGCUUCUUGGAAGAGACCCUCCAAUCCGAUCGCGGUUCUCGUUCUCCUUCGCCCGUCCGCCGCCGCAACCGUUCCAUCUCGCCCGACCGAAUGUCCGCCGCUUCCUAUCGAUCUCGGUCGAGGAGCAUCUCACCGGAUCGAGAGGCCGAUUUUAUACCGAGCAGGACGCCCAGCGAGGCUUAUGCUAGCGAAGGGGAUGGGGGUUAUAGGAGCCGGUCUCCUAGCGUUAGUCCUGAUCGCGAGAUCGGUCAAGCGAAGAGAAACGAUGAUGGCAUGGACGUGGACGAUGCGACGAGCUACAGGAGCCGAAGUCGAAGCGUCUCUCUAGAUAGACAAUAGUCGGGCGCUGAAUCAUAUACCGGCUUCUACUUGUUCUGUACUGUACGACUUUCCGUAACGAAACCGAAAAUAUAAUGACACUUCGACCAUGAUAUGUUCUUGACCCGCUAUGCCUUCUUGAAGA